AUGACCUCCAAAGCGAAAUCCAUCAACGUGUUCGCACGAUGGCGACCGCUCGUAUCGGAUGAGGCCAGGUCGGGCGAAAUGCAACACAGCAAGCAGCCGGACUCUAAGGGUCUCUUCUCAGUCUCUAUCAGGCCUCAAGCAUCGUCCAAAGACCGUCCAUGGACUAGCCCCUCGGCCUUCAACACCAUCUUUGGCCCUGAGGACCACAACUCCGAAGUAUACGAUCCCGUUGUGGUGCCCAAUGUCUCCAAGGUCCUUGCUGGUGAAACUUGCAGCUUCUUCGCGUAUGGCCAUUCGGGAAGUGGCAAGACGCAUACCAUCCUCGGAUACGAUUUUGAGCACAGCCGAGAGCUUGGGUUGUGUCUUGCUGCUGCCAAGCAGCUUUUCGGAGAAAUCGAGCGCCUCCAGAUGGAAAAUGAAGGACAGCAGCUGGGUAUUGGCUUCAGCUUGUUUGAACUGCGGCAGAAAUCAGCCUUUGACCUUCUGAAUAACAGGUCAGAGUGCCAUGUCAGACAAGGACCCGACGGAAAAGUCCAUAUCCGUGGAGAAACCGAGGUUCUAGAAGGAGGCAAAGUUCGAGUUCAACCCAUUGUUCAGCGACCAUGCUGGAAAUUCGAGACCUUUCAGAAAGAGCUUAUCCACGCCCUUGGCCAGCGUGCGACAGGAUCAUCGAGCGUGCACGACCAGAGUUCAAGAGCCCACGCCGUGCUGGAGCUCGAGAUCGUCAGUCAGCCCUUGAUUGAUGCGAGACAAGCUUUGGUCGAUCGUCAGUCUGAGCUUGUGCCCGUUGGAAAACGCGCCAUAGACAUCAGUAUCGAAGAGGACAUGAAGAGUAUCAUCCAGACGGAGGACGGAGGGUGGGCACCCAACCCCGACUACCAGAAGGAUGAAGCUCGCAUCAAAGAAGUUGAGGACGAAAAGGCCCUUUUCGAGGGUCGUGUUACGGCCGCUGAAGAGAAAGUUCAAGCGAUUCUCAAAUCCAGCCCUGCUCCGCGCUUGGGUGCAAAGAUGGUGUUUGUCGACCUCGCUGGCGCCGAAUACUCGGAAGACAAUGCCGCUCGAAUGCGAACCUUGAAGCAGAGUCCCCAAGAGCGUCAAGAAGGUCGACAGAUCAACAGUGAUCUGUUGGCAUUGAAGGAGGUGAUGAGGGCCUGGUCCAAGGGUUCUAACAGAAUACCAUUCAGAUCGUCGACUUUGACCAUGGUGCUGCGGGAGCAUUUUAUUGCCACGGGAAGCUCUACCAUUAUUGUCACGCUUUCGCCGGCGCAGGAUCAGUACGCGGCGACUCUCAACUCGUUGAGAUAUGCAAGCUUGGUUGGAGCUGCUGGUGUUUGA